AUGUGGGACAAUAAGCUCUGGGUUUUGCUGCUUUUGAGCACUGUCGCCUUGUCAAAGGCCCAAGAUGAAGGAGCACCAUGCUUGAUGGCCAAAAGGUACAAGAGCUUCCACAAGUAUGAAUAUUUCUAUGAAACUGAGUCCUUGAAUGCUUGGAAUGGGGCAGUCAAUGGUCCCAAGGCCAGUUGCAAGGUUGAGAUCGAGGUUCCCGGUACAUGCAGCUACAUUGUGCACACCACCGACUGCACACUGAGCGAAGUGAUUGAUGUUGAUGACAAUGGAAACCCGGUGUUUGGGCCAGCUGAUGGCACUGAGAACUUCAAAGUUGCAAUGGAGAAGCAUCUGCUGAAGUUCACCGUUGAUGGAGACAAUGAGAUCAAGCUCUUCCCUGAACAAGAUGAGUUAAUUAACAUCCUCAACAUCAAAAGAGGAAUCAUCUCUGCCCUUGCUGUCCCUGUGCUUGAGGAGGAGAAGAACAAAGACAUGCCCACCAUCUAUGGUCUGUGCAAGACUGACUACAUUGUAAACACCAGAGAGGACAUUGCUACUGACAUCACCCUCAACCGAGACCUGUCCAGAUGUGAAAAGUUCAGACCGGUGAAAGACCACACCAGUCCCCUGGCCCUCAUUACUGGCAUGCACUAUCCUCUGGCUCAUCUGAUCAGGAGCACCCAGACCUGCAACUACAAGUUUGACAAUGAGAAGCACCAUAUGACCUCUGGCACUUGCACUGAGAAACAUGUUCUUGUGCCCUUCUCUUACAAGAAAGAGUCUGGAGUGACCAAUAUUGGCAAACAGACCCUGAAUCUUUUGGGAGUUAUGGAGUACAACAACAGAGUCUUUGACCACAAUGUGGCCAACAUGAAACCCUUGCAUGUAGAUAGCAGUGUGGACAUGAGCCCAAUUCAGGAUAAACAUGUCGCUCUUGAUGUUCUGAGGGAAUUUGCUCACCUUUCCAAGACCACCGAUGGACAUAAGAGAGCUCACUUGGCCCACAAGCUUGUGUCCGUGAUCCGCAAGAUGAAUGCUGAGACCCUGAUUGCUGCUGUUCCUGAAGCCCUGGAGAUCUCUCGCUCUCUGACUUACCAGGUCUUGCUACAGUGUGGUACCCCAGAAUGCAACAGUGCUAUUAUGCAGAUUUUCAGGACUUUUGACAAGUCCUCAGUAGAGAUUGACGCUGCUGUAUAUGCCAUGGGAAUGAUGCCCCAACCAUCUCGCAUCCUUGUAAAGGAAAUGUUGGAGAUGGCCAAGUUCAAGCCAAGCAAGCCCAUCUACUAUGCUGUCAGCAAUGCUGUGAGAAGACUCUAUGAAGCUGAAGGAGUCACCCAGGAGAUCCAAGCAGUGGUUGAUUAUGCCCUUGAGCAGAUGGGUGAUUGUACAGGCGACCAGGAGCACAUCUAUCUCUCUCUGAGGGUUAUUGGCAACAUGGGAGCUGCAAUGGGAGCUGCAAGCCCUGUUUUAAAGUCUGCUGUUAUUGAGUGCAUUAACCAGCCGGCUGCAUCCCCUGAAGUCCAGCAGGCUGCCAUCCAGGUCUUCAGACAGACUUCUGUACCUGAGGAGGGCAGAAAGGUGCUUCUGCAUGUUAUUCUGGACAGAGCUGCACCCAUACAGAAACGUGUUGCUGCCUAUCUCAUCUUGAUGAAGAACCCUGAGUCUGCUGAACUUGCUCAGUUGACAACUGCUCUCCAUGCUGAGGAAAAUCUUCAGGCCAAGAGCUUUUUCAUAUCAUACAUCACUAACGUCUUGAGCUCCACAUCACCAGAGACCCUGGAAUUGAGGCAGAAGAUUCUGGAGGCCUUUCAAGGCAACGAAAUUGGAACUGUCAUGGAUCCCACAAAGUUCUCUCGCAACUACAAAAUUGGAUCACUAGAAGGAAAUAUGAUCUUUGAGUCUGCCAAAGAACUGCCCAAGGAGGUCAUGCUGGACAUGACAUUGAAUGCUUUUGGAUUUGAUGUUGAUAUGGUUGAGAUUGGCAUGGAAGGUAAGGGACUUGAACCCACUAUUGAAGCCCUCUUUGGCCCAAGUGGAUUCUUCCCAGAUACCGUGAUGAAGACCAUUUUUUAUGCUGUGGACAAGAUGCCCUCCCAAGUCAGUGAGGUCUUGAAGAACGUACUGCCAAUAUUGGGGAAUGAAAGGAAAAAAAGACAGGUUUCUCAGAACAUCAUCAGAGAAAUCAGUCAUAAUGUCAACAAACUUAUUAGAGACUUGAAGGCCCAGGAUGCCCCUGAAGCUAUGGUGUACCUCAGGCUUUUAGGUGCUGAACUUGGCUAUCUUAAAACAAAGGAUAUGGAAGACAUGGCUCAUUCUGCUGGCAAGAUGAUUGACAAUCUCCUGAAGAUGAUCCCCACUGAUUUCAUCAAGAGCCUGCUCUCUAGUCCAGACAACGAGCUUUUCCUUCACUACAUCUUCAUGGAUAAUGAGUUCUUUCUGCCCACUGGUCCUGGUUUUCCACUGAGAGUUGCUCUGUCUGGAACAUUCACUCCUGGAAUCAAAGGAGGGCUGAGCUUUAAUCCAGACACGAGUGAAUUCACUUUCAUGCCAUCUGCUGGCAUUGAGUUUGUGACCGAGGUUGGAGCUCACUUCCCUGACUAUGUUCACUCUGGCCUGGAGAUGCACACUAACAUCUAUCAUGAGAGUGGCCUCAAAGCAAAGGUCUCUAUGAGCAACAACAAUGCCAAGCUCACCAUUCCUGCUCCUCAAAGCCCAAUUAAGCUCUUCAGUGUGGCCAAUUCUCUGGUUUCUGUUGUUGGUGCCAAAUAUAUAACAAUUCCUGCCAAGGGGAAGCUUAUUGAUGCAGAAAAAUGCAUUCCUCUUCUCCCUGGACUGAAGUCCUGUACUAGCCUGCAAUAUUCUGAUGCAAUCUACAGUGAUGCUGCACCCUAUUUAUUUGCUAUUGAGCUGCACCCCACUGCAGAAGUCACUGAGUAUACUACCACCAUCAACUAUUCCUAUGAGGAUAAGAUAGACAAAGUGACAGUGGGUGUUAAGGCUGAAGGAACAUCUUUUGAGACCACAGCCACAGUUAAGUUCAACAGACAGAAGUACACUGUCUCUGCUGAUCUGCAAAUUCCUGACUAUGAACUUGAGGCAAGACUCAGAAUUGGUGAUGUUGACCCCUUGAUGCAGCUUAACAAUAAAGGCAAAGGCACACAUUCCAUUCAGAUUGACCUCGUCAACAAAAACAUCCCCCUGGUAUCUGUGGUUUCUUUUGCAAAAAUUGAGGCCAUGAAGGAUGCUAUGCUGGAGAUAGUGUUGCUUAUCCCCUCUCUUCAGGUUGAUUCAAAAGUAACUACAAACUUGAAGUGUGCUAAGGGGUUGACACUAGAACUUGAAAGUGACCUAAAACUCCCAGAGAUUUCAUCUGUUCAAAAGCUCAUCCUGAAAUAUGAUGGUGAGAAGAUUGAGGCUGAAGUUAAGUCUGAUGUCAGUUCUGAGAUCCAGAACAUCAUUCCCAACACUGAUGAUUUCAAAACCAUGAUCAAUGGCCUUCUUGAACACCAGAUUGACCAAACUGAGAUGAAUAUCCAUGACAUUCUUUCAAAGUCAGUUGAGACCUCAAAUGCCUACCUGAAGCUGUAUACAGCUGAUAUCCCAUAUGUGAAGAAUUUGAGAGUUCCUGCCCUGCCUGUGGUCAGUCUUCCUGAGAGACUGUUCCUCAAUGUAGAGGCUGCUGCUAAAUAUCACUUUGGCCAGCAUUACUAUACCAUCUCUCUGCCUUUGCCCCUGGGUGGGAAGUCCACUAGAGAUCUUAACUUUCCCAGUGCCCUCAGUACACCAAGCUUGAAUGUUCCUCAGCUUGGCCUGGAUGUUGCAUCCAUUGGCAUUCCUCUUCCUGAGAUCUUCAUUCCUGAGAGUAUGUCACUGUUUGUACCUACUCUUGGAAUGGCAGAGGUGUCCGGCAAACUAAGCAGCAACUUCUACAACCUAGAAGCAGCUGUGUCUGCUGGCAGAGAUGCUGUUGCACACCCAAGCUAUUCUGCUAAAGUUGAAGUCACUGGAACAAGUUCUGUUGAGCUACUCUCCGUGAAGUUUGAAGGAUCUGCACUGGCUGAGGUCACACCUGGUGAUUCUCUCAAGGCUAAUGUAAAGACAGCAGUCAACCACAAGCUUUUUGAUGCUAGCAUCAGUGUUGUAGAAGAAGUGAAAAUUGCGGACAAAGUUAGUGUGAUAUCCAACAGCAAGUUUGAAGUAACUAGCUCUGUUGGAGUGCAGAUUUCUCUGGAACACACUGGACAAGUUGGAGCAAAUUCUGAAGAGAUCUCUGGAGAUGCAAACCUGGAGGGAUCCUUUAAGGCAGGUCAAGUACAUGGUUCUGGAGCUCUCGUACAGACAGUCUCACUCUUCCCAUUUAGACCAGAGGUAAAGGUUGAUUCUUCACUGAAAAUAGAUUCAACACCUCUUCGAGCUCAGAACACAAUUGUUGCCAACUUUGCCAAUGGGGAACUUUCCAUUCUGUCCAACACUGCUGCAUUUGAAGACCUCCUAACAAACAUUGCUGAGAUGACUUUCAAGGAAUCCCAGCUUGCUCUUAAAUCAGAUACAAAAACAUUGAGUUUUGGCCUAAAGAUCCAAAACACAGCUGAGGCAAGAGCGGGACUUGGAGCAGUCAGCAUUAAGAUUGAGACCUCUGCUGACCGUCCAGAAGACCAUAUCCACUCACUGAUCACAGGAACAUUGGAUGUCAAUGGUCUAGCUAUUCAAAGUGAUGCAUCUGCCAAGCUGGUUGGACACACAGCUGCCCACAAAGCCAGGCUGACCCUCAACAAGGAUGGCCUUGCCACAAGUGGCACAACCUCACUGCAGAGCCCCUUGAGUUUUGAAAACACCUUCAGUGGUGCCCUUGAUGCAUCUAAGGUUUCCCUAAACUUUGACACCAAGGGUGGAUUUUCUGGAAUUGCAAUUGAAAAUGCCAACUCCCUCUCUGCUUCAGUGUCAUCUGUAGAAUUCAAUUCCAAGGCCAAAACCACUGUUGUAGAAGGAACAUCCUACUCACAUGAAAUUUCGCUUCAAGUGGAAUCGUACACUGUCAUUUUGAAAUUCAUCAACAAUUUAAAAUCUUUGCAUGCCACUUUGAUCAAUGAAGCAGAGCUCAAGGCAGAGCCCUACAAAGCUGACCUGACUGGAAGUGUGAAGCUUGCUACUAAUGAUGUGGAUCUUAGGCAGACCUAUGAGAUCAGCUAUGCAGAUCUGAUUGCAACAGCUAAGUGCAGUACCAGUGGAUCAAUUAUAGGAACCCACAUGAGCCACAACACUGAAGUGGAGAUUGCAGGACUUGCUGUCAGAUUUAAUAAUGAUGCUCGUUUCAACUCCAAGAUUUUCCGCUUUGACACCACCAUUCGUAGUACAGCUGUUCCUUUCAAAUUCAAUUUCGAUGCCAUUGCUAAUGCUGAUGGUGACAUAAACCUCUAUGGAAAACAGAGUGCUCAGAUUUAUUCAAAACUCCUCCUGAAAGCAGAGCCACUUGCCAUUGCUCACUCUCAUGAAUGCAGGGUCUCAACCACACAUAACCUAGACAAUGGUGUCACCAUUGAAACAAACCUUGAUAACAAGGCUGACACUCUGCUAACCCCCUCUGAACAAAUGGCUACAGUGACUGUUAAGUCUAAAGUGAACAACCAUGCCAUCAAUCAAGAAAUCAGUGCUUACAAUACUCCAGAAAGGCUUGGAUUAGAAGUGUCUGGAAUGGUGCUGACCAGUCUCUUCAACACUGCUAAUUCUGAUAAUCAGGACUUUUCAGUCUCUGGCUUCCUAAAGUAUGACAAAAGCAGUGAUAGCCAUGUAAUCAACCUGCCUUUCAUAGAGAAUUUGCCUGUCAUUAUUGACAACAUCAGAAUAACACUUGUGAGCAUGGGCGAGGCCCUGAGGAAUUACAUCAAUAGAGAGGAGAUUGCUUCCAAAAUUCAGAAUUUACCUAAGCAUGUUAGUGACUUUGUUAAUGAGCUAAAUAUUAGCGAAAGAGCAGUCCAGUUCAUACGUGAUUUGGUAGCUCUAUCCCAUGAUUAUACCAUAAACCUGCACAAUCUAGAAGCCUCUCUAAUUAAUCUGAGGGCUGCUAUUGAAAAACUAAUCACUGAUAUGGCCAACCGUUUAAAUGAAGUAGUGGAAAUUGGUAAGGAAAUGGUUGUCAAGGGAAUCCUUUCUGAUGCCAUUGUUGAUAGGCUAAGAAAGGAGUUAAAUGCAUUUAACGAAGAAUAUGAUAUUAGUGCUUUGAUAUCUACUAUCAUUGAAGCCAUCGAAGAUGUAAUCAGGAAAAUUGAUAUGACACAACUGCAGGACAGUAGUUUUGCCUUUCUGCACGAUCUUGAGCAACAAUAUGCAUUCAAAGCAAAACUAAACCAGGUUACGGCCAAACUGAAACAGGAAGUUGCAAACUUUGAUAAGGCCAAAUUUGUUGAGGAUGUGAAAAAUUUUGUCAGCUCAAUUAACAUCCAAGGUUACAAAACGCACCUGAUAGCUCAGAUUCCCACAGAGGAUAUUAACAAGGUGGUUGAUGCUAUAAAACAGCUGUUCACUGAACUGGACAUCAUUGGCCAUUUUAAUUCUUUCCACAGAAAUGUGAGAGCAGUCAUUGUGAAAUAUGAAGUUGAUAAAAAGAUAACAGGAGUUCUUGAGAAAGUUGUGGAGCUCAUCAAGCAAUACAAGAUAGAUGAAUCAGUUCAGGUUUUGGCCCACAAUUUCAAAUACAUUCAGAUUUCAAUCAGCCAGUCCUUGGAUGAUGCCAUUAUUUAUCUGAAGACAAAGGAUGUUAAACAAGUUAUUGAGCACCUGAAUGAACAACUCGACUUUGCUAUUAAGAGUGUAAGGUCCUUUGACUAUAAUGCAUUUGUGGAUGAGGCUAACCAAAAAAUCCAAAUGUGCAACAUCAAACUGAAUUCAUUGAUUGAGUCACUUGAGAUCUCACAGAAACUUAAAGCAACCAGUGAAUUAGUAAACUAUGCCUUGUCUUCUCUCAGUGCUUUCUUGGAGGAUCUGAGAGCAGUUAAGGUUGCAGAUGCAUUCAAAACCACGAAGGACCUCAUCAACAUGGUCGCCCUGAAUGAUAUUAAGGCACUUGCAGAGAAGCUUAAGCAAGGAGUAGAUGGCAUGGAUCUAACAGGAGGAAUUUAUCAGGUCUUGCAGCAAUUUAGUCAUAUCUACAUCAAGGUCUUGACAGUUGUUACAGAUUCAUUUAAUGCCAUUGAAGAGGUGGUCCAAAAUGUCUUAGGUGAUCAGGCAAUUGUGAGAGAACUGAAGCAAAUCAUUAAUGGUGUUGUUUCUGCACUGAAGUCAGAUGAGUUUGAAAUUCCCUCCUUUACUUUCCCACUCACUGAUUUGGUCAUUCCCACCAUGAAAAUAAGCUUGGAUAAGCUUAAGGAGACUGAUCUCCCAACACAGAUUGACCUUCCAGAGUUCACCAUUCUGGAAUUCUACACUGUGCCUGCAACCACCAUCAGGUAUGAAGAUAUCAAUCAAAGGCUUUUGAAGCUUAUCAACUUUAUCACCAUCUUUGACAUUCAGAUGUUCGAUGUUGAUGGGUUCUUCAGCGAACUCACUAUGAACUACUUGCCAGAGUUUUCAGCCAUCACAUUACCAGAGAUCAUUCUUCCAGCGAUCUCUCUUCCUGCCAUCCCUAAAUUCAGUGCUGAGCACAUGCUUGACAUUCCUCUUCUGAUCCCUGAAAUAAAAUUUCCUGCAAUCCCCACAGCUCUUGUAGUGCCAUCUUUUGGAAAGCUCUAUGGUGAGGUCCAAGUCAGCAGCCCUAUCUACAGUGUCAGAACUUCUGCAGAGUUCCAGAAAGCCUCAGAAGGACACCCUCUGUUCAUGGCUUCUAUUAGCGCUCAAGGAACCUCUGCAAACCAUGACAUUCUGAAUUACAAUCUGGAGUGUACAACACAGAUCUCCAUUCCUGAGAUGAGCCAUGUGAUUGUUUCUGAGACCCUUAAGUUAACACACAUUUCUCUGGAUUUGGACCACCAGGCAUCAUUGACUCUGCAUGGAUUUGACUCUCAAGCAUCUGCAAAGACCCAUCUUAAGGCCACCACAUCUCCCUUCAAAGUAGACUUGGUGAACAUUGCUCACUUUAGCAUGAAGGAUGGAAUGUCUUUUGCUAUUGAAACAUCUUACAACCACCAGCUGAGCAUCCCUUUGCUCUCACUGACUAGUGAAGCCACCCUGACUCAAAAGGCUGUAGCCCGCAAGGGAGCUACAACCAUCACCAUCACAGUUGCAAAUGAAGGCACUGGCAAAUUUGCUCUACCUGACUUCUCUGAUGAAGGCACCCAUAAGAGUGACCUGCAAUUCAACAUGGACCUUAGCACUGCCAGGCUGACUCUCACUGGUCACACUGAUAGUGCUGUUCUGAAGAUGAAGAUGACAGUGAAUGCUGACGCUGUUGUUCUAAGCCACCUUGAAUUCAGUGCUCGUGUUGAAAAUGAGUCUCCAUUCAUCAAGAACAGUUUGGUGGUUGCAUCUGGAAAGGCUCACUUGGGUGACAUGAAAGUAGAAGUCAAAGCAACCCAUGACGCAGAGCUUGUUGGAGCUGUCAGUGGUUCUCUCUCUAAUGUUGUUAACAUCAUGGCUCAUCCUAGUGAGGUAGUUAUUGACUUUCAGAACAAGGGUAAUACCAAGAUCACCCUCUAUGAAUCUCUGUCAGCCAAAAUUGACCUCCAGAAUGACUAUGCUGUUACCCUCAACACUGAUAUACAACAUAUCAGUACAGUGGCACUUGCCCGUUUCAACCAAUACAAAUAUAGUCAUAACUUUACAUUAGUCAAUAACAAAGCUGAGACAGGCAUUUAUGCUGUUGUCAAUGGUGAGGCCAACCUUGAGUUCCUGAAAGUUCCAAUCACUAUUCCAAAAAUGUUUGUGCCAGUCAUUGACCUAAAGAUUCCAGCAAUAAGAGAUAUCAGCUUGUAUGAUCAUACUGGCCUCAAGCACUUCUUGAUCAACACUGACCAGGUCAUUGAUCUAGAUGCCAAACUUGUCUACCAGAAGAGCAGGUUUGCUCCUAUUUUUGAUCUGGGCUGUAUCAUUAUUCCUUCAAUGGGAAAUUUUAUCUCUGAGGUAUCUUUUAAGUCCUCUAUUCUCAACCUAAAUGCUAACGCUGGUAUUUAUGGGGAAGAAAAUGUUGUGAUUCGUGUUGGUGCUACAACUGCCUCUGUUUUUGAGGGAUUGAAGGCCAAGCUUGAUGGAACUACCAGACUAACCACAAAAAGUGGACUGAAACUGGCCACUUCUCUGUCUCUGCAGAAUGCCCACAUUGAGGGUACUCAUGAGAGUACUCUUACUUUGGACAUAGAUAACUAUGAGACUGUAUUGUCUGCUGACACCACGUCUAAGAUUAAUCUGCCAAUCCUCACUGUUGAAGCUACCCACCACCUUUCUGCUGACAACAAAGCCCAUCCAAAGGCAGUUUCAAACUUGAAGAUCAAGCACACCUUUGACCUUCCUGUCAUCAAGGCUAUUGGUAGUGGAGAUACAGAGCACACCUUGAAGGUUGAGGCGAUGCUUUUCUCCAUAUCCAUUGAGUCUGCCACAAAAGGAACCACUGAUAACACACUUCUGGAUAGUUUCAUUGUUAAGGGAGCUCUGGACAAUGAGGCCAUCAUGUAUACAAAUGCAGAUGGUCUGCGAUUCACUCUGAAAGCCAUUGGUAAUGGCAGUGUUAAUCAUGGAGUUCUCAAGCUGGAGUUUGAUAUUAAUGAGAGCCUGGCCUUGGAGGCAGCUUUUAGCCGUGUGUAUGCUGUGCUAAAUCUUGCUUUUAACAACGAAGUCAAUAUUGCAGAUCUUAACUCAAAAGGGAAGCAUACUGCUCAAGCUAAAAUUGAUCUAGCUCCUUUGAGCUCCUUCGAGGCUGAUGUAGAAAUUGACUUGUCUCAGCCAAGUUCCCUUGGAGAAGUCAGCAUCUAUGAUAAGGUAGUUGUGGAAGUGACUGCUCUCAAACAGAAGGUUGCAUACACUGCAAAAAUGAUCUCCCCUGUGUACACAACAAAUGUAGCAACAGAAUUUGAUGGCAAUGCUCCUGAUUUCAAGAUUGAUUUUAAGGCCUCUGCAACAUCUCCAGUUGUACUUCUGGAGUAUGACUUACACAGCUCCCUAAGUGCUGUCCUGGAACAUGAUGGGCCCAAAAUAACUGCUAAAGCAGUUCUUAAACAUGCUGAAGUAAACAUAGAUGUUCAGAAUGUUUUCACCAGAGCUCUGAGCCAAACUGUGAAUGUGGACGUCACAAGCCCAUCCUUCACUGAUGUCAACUUUAGAUAUUCAGCCCGUAGAGAUGGCAUUAGCGUGUCUGUAUCAACUCCUUCCACUGGUUUUCUUGGAUUUCAGUUGCAAGGUAGAAUUCCAUCCCAGCUGCAAGCAAGACUCCACAGCCGCUAUGCUUCCGCUCCAGAAAAUGAUGCAGAUAUCCUAGUCAUCAAAGCUGCUACAAAGAGCAAUGAGAAAUUUCAUCUCCAGGUUACAUACAACCUGCAAACUCCCAAUGAUAUGAUUCUGGGUCUUCAUGAGAGACUGCCAAUCAUUUUCUCCACAAUAACAGGUUUUGCAGAGAAAUACGGCAUCCUUAGUGCUUUAGACUGUCUAAAGAACGCUUUUGUCAAUGCCAUCACUGAAGCCUACACCACUGCCUCCAACCAUGCCCCAGAGCUAAGCCAAUUGUCUGUUCUCUUCAGAAAUGUUGUUGUUCAGUCCCAGAAGACAGUCCAGAUGUUACUUGAUGCUGCCAUAAAGUAUGUAAGGGAGACCAAAUUAAGACUGCCUGGUAUAGAGGAGGCUACUUUGCCUGAGAUCUGCAAGAAGAUCACCAGCAACGUUGCUUCAGUUCUGGAGCAGCAUAUUCCCGUAAUCACCAACAACCUGGAAGCAUACCUCACUCAUAUUGGUGAGAGCAUUAGCUCAGUUCAGAUUACCUUGCCCUCUGGUGAAGUCAUAACUGGUGCCAGGAUCGUAGAUGAUGUGAAGAGUAGCCUGAGAAAUCUCCUGACCUGGACUGUGGACUUGGUAAAGCACCUUGAAAGCUUUGAUAUAAAACUUGAAAAGCUCGGACAGACAAUCCAGCAGUUUGUUGAAAAGUCACAAGAAUUUAUUGACAAUAUUCAUUCUGACAUCCUUGAUAGGGUUGCUCUCUCUCUCAAUGCUUAUUAUACAAAUGUUCUAAGAGCAAUUAAGAGCAUUGUGGAACGAGUUGAGACAUUUCUUGCUGUGCAACAAAAGAUUCUAAUUGAGUUUUCAGAUUUUGUACGUAACAUUGUUACUGAACUCACCAGCAAAUUUACUGACCAUAUUCCUUCAGAGGCAGACAUAUUUGCCAAAGUUUGUGAUGGAAAGCUGGAAAUCAUGAUUCCAUUCUAUUUUAGCCUAUAA